GCUGCAUCAAAGAUGGCUUAUUAUCGACCAACAUUUGGUUUAUUGAGGAACCGCGCUGUGGUGGAAUAAAAGACGUCUGGAGAGCCGGUGGUAGCUGUCGCGGGCAGUGUUAGCACUCUCGUCGCACUACGCACCUCUCGCUCUCUGCGCGCGCCUACGUUAACUUGUGCUAGCUAGUUAGCUCCCGUAGUAAAUAUUAGCUCAUUGUAGAUUGGUAAAAUGGCCACCAUGGAGAAACUGAUGAAGGCCUUUGAGUCUCUGAAGUCAUUCCAACAACAGCAGGGGCCGCCAACUGCGGAGGAGCUGGUCCAGAGACAAAAAAAGGAGCAGGCAACCACAAAGAAGGACAGGGUGACCCACUGCCUGACAAUAUGUGAAAACAUUGUGGCUCAGUCGUUGAGAACGUCCCCCGAGUUUCAGAAACUGCUCGGCAUCGCCAUGGAGAUGUUCCUGCUCUGCAGCGACGACAGUGAGUCAGACGUCCGCAUGGUUGCCGACGAGUGCCUGAACAAAAUCAUCAAAGCCCUGAUGGACUCCAACUUGCCUCGACUGCAGCUGGAGCUGUAUAAAGAAAUAAAAAAGAACGGUGCCUCUCGGAGUUUGAGGGCAGCGCUGUGGAGGUUCGCUGAGCUUGCCCACCUCAUCAGACCACAGAAAUGCAGGCCCUAUCUGGUCAACCUGUUGCCGUGCCUCACCAGAAUCACCAAACGACAGGAGGAGACGGUGCAGGAGACGCUCGCCGCAGCAAUGCCGAAGAUCAUGAUGGCCUUGGGUCACUUCGCUAACGAUGGAGAGAUCAAGGUGCUGCUCAAAUCAUUUGUGGCCAACCUGAAGUCCAGCUCCCCCACCAUCAGACGGACAGCCGCCAGCUCCGCCGUCAGUGUGUGUCAACACUCCAGACGCGCCAGCUACUUCUACACUUGGCUUCUCACCUAAUUUCUUGAAUUAUGUGUUUUAAAUGUUGAUGAGGAACAUCCCACCCAUCUCAUUCUGGGGGUGCUGUUAACGCUCCGCUACCUAAUGCCACUGCUGCAGCAGCAGGUGAACACCACUAGCCUCAAAGGAAGCUUUGGAGUCAUGAGAAAAGAGGCGGACGUGCAGCCCACCCCUGAACAGCUUCUCCAGGUGUACGAGCUGACCCUACACUACACACAGCACUGGGAUCACAAUGUGGUCACGGCCUCUCUGGAGCUGCUGCAGCAGGUGUUCAGGACUCCGCCACCGGAGCUUCUGCACAUGCUCAUCACCGCCGGCAGCAUUUCACACGCCACCGUGUUCCGUCAGGACGCAGAGAGCCGCGCAAGCUCCGGCAGCAUCCUGGAGCUCAUCGGUAAAAUUCUUUCUGGGGAGGAGGAUGGGUUGGAAGAUGAUCAGAGGACGGAGGUCACGACUGGAGCCUUCACAGGUGAGACCCUCGGUCGUCGGCGCAGGACGGCUCCUUCCGCGGCUCAGGUGGACAUCAUCACCGAGCAGCCCCGCUCCUCCCAGCACACCCUGCAGCCCGGCGACUCGGUGGACCUCAGUCGUGUCCUCGGAGCAGGGAGGGGGCGGGACGUCUCGUCCGGCACCCCGGAGUCGCCCAACGACAACGAGGAGGAGAUGCUGAGCCGCAGCUCCAGCGGCGGAGCCAACGUCACCCCCGAGACGGCGGACUACACCACGCCAGAGAACGCCACCCCGGAGGGAGGACGACCGGCGCUCCCCCCCAGCGACUCCUCCCAGACCACCACGGAGGGCCCGGACUCGGCCGUCACCCCCUCCGACGUGGCAGAGCUGGUCCUGGAUGGCAGUGAGAGCCAAUACUCCGGGAUGCAGAUUGGAACACUACAGGAUGAAGAAGAUGAAGCAACUGCUGCAGCGUCUUCCUCUCAGGAGGAGCCUCCCGAACCAUUCCUGCAGUCAGCACUGGCUUUGAGCAAGCCGCACCUUUUCGAAGGCCGAGGCCACAACCGGCAGGGCUCCGACAGCAGCGUGGACCGCUUCAUACCAAAGGAUGAACAAGCUGAAUCUGUAGGGAGUGAUUCUAACAUGUCUCUCCGUCAGCCAUCACGGAUUAAAGGUGCGAUCGGACACUACACCGACCAGGACGUGGAGCCGCUGGUUCACUGCGUCCGGCUUCUCGCCGCUUCCUUUCUGCUGACCGGACAGAAAAACGGUUUGAUUCCUGACAAAGAGGUGCGAGUGAGCGUGAAGGCUUUAGCAGUCAGCUGCGUGGGAGCCGCCGCAGCGCUGCAUCCCGAAGCCUUCUUCAACUCUCUCUACCUGGAGCCGCUGGAUGGCGUCCCAGCCGACGAGCAGCAGUAUAUCAGCGACGUCCUGGGGCUGAUUGAACACGGGGACCCUCAGAUCAGGGGGGCCACAGCCAUCCUCUGCGGGGCCAUCAUACAGGCUGCCCUCAUUAAAACACGCUACAACAUACACACUUGGCUGGCCAGUGUGCAAAGCGCAACAGGUAACCCUCUGUCCCUGGUGGACUUGGUGCCUUUGCUCCGGAAGACUCUAAAAGACGAGUCUUCCGUCACCUGUAAGAUGGCCUGCUCUGCAGUGAGGCACUGCAUCAUGACGGUGUGCAGCAGCACUUUGAGUGAACUCGGCCUGCAGCUGGUCAUCGACCUGUUCGCUCUCAAGGAUUCUUCCUAUUGGCUCGUUCGGACCGAACUCUUAGAAACUCUGGCUGAGUUGGACUUCCGAUUAGUUAAUUUCUUGGAAAGGAAUGAGGCGUUGCACAAAGGUGAUCAUCACUACACCAGGUGUCUCCGACUGCAAGACAGAGUCCUGCAUGAUGUUGUGAUACAUCUGUUGGGAGAUGACGAUCCCAGAGUGAGACAUGUGGCUGCAUCUGCUGUCAGCAGAUUGGUUCCCAGGUUGUUCUAUGACUGCGAUCAGGGCCAGGUGGACCCGGUGGUGGCGAUCGCCCGGGACCAGAGUUCAGUCUACCUGCAGCUACUCAUGCACGAGACGCAGCCGCCCUCCCAGUUCACAGUUAGCACAAUCACGAGGAUGUACCGAGGCUACAACUUCUCCACCGCCGUGUCUGACGUGACCCUGGAGAACAACCUGUCCAGAGUCGUAACUGCCGUCUCCCACGCUUUCACCUCAUCUACCUCCAGAGCGCUGACAUUUGGCUGCUGUGAGGCUCUGUGUCUCCUGGCUACGAACUUUCCAGUGGGCACUUGGAGCACAGGCUGGCACUGUGGUUACGUGAGCUCCAGCAGCAGCUUUUCCUCCCGGUCUAGUCUGAACCGCAGCAGAGGCCGAACACUCAGUUUGUCACAGAACCCCACUGCUCCAGCAUCAUCGGGCACCUCGUCGGCUGCAGACGCCGAGCGGAAGACUCUCACGGUGGGAUGGCCAACAUGGGUGCUGUCUCUGCUCUCCUCCGCCUGGUUUCCACUCGAUCUUUCUUCACAUCAGGAUGCCCUUCUGCUUUCUGGCAACCUGCUUGCUGCUGUAGCUCCUACAUGCAUGCGCAACCCUUGGGCCGGAGAGGAGGAGACCAGCAGCGGAACGCCACCACAGGCCCAAAGCAAGAUGGAGGAACCCUGGGCCGCUCUGGCCGAACGCUCCCUGGUGGGCAUGGUGGAGCAGCUCUUUUCCCAUCUGCUCAAGGUCCUCAACAUCUGUGCUCACGUGUUGGACGCACCUCCGCCAGGACCAGCAGUGAAGGCCGCUCUUCCGUCUUUGAGCAACACUCCGUCCCUCAGCCCAAUCCGCAGGAAAGGCAAAGACAAGGACGCCGCGGAGCCGGGCGCCGCCCCCAUGAGCCCGAAAAAGAGCAAUGAGCUCAACACGGGCCGAGCGGACGGCACACCGAUCAGCGGCCGUAAACAAAUCGACCACCCUGGAAGUUUUUACCACCUUCCGCCCUACCUGAAGCUCUACGAUGUGCUCAAGGCCACGCACGCCAAUUACAAGGUGACGCUGGACCUCCACAGCCAGCAGGAGAAGUUUGGCAGUUUCCUGCGGUCCACUUUAGAUGUCCUGUGUCAGCUGCUGGAGCUGGCAACACUACAUGACAUUAGCAAGUGUGUGGAGGAAAUCUUGGGCUACCUCAAGUCCUGCUUCUCCAGAGAACCUACAAUGGCAACAGUUUGUGUACAGCAGCUGUUGAAAACCCUGUUUGGGACCAACCUGGCCUCUCAGUGCGAGGGCGUCCUGAGUGGGCCCAGCCGCUCCCAGGGCAAGGCGCUCCGCCUCGGCUCCUCCAGCCUGCGACCGGGACUCUACCACUACUGCUUCAUGGCGCCGUACACACACUUCACCCAGGCUCUGGCCGACGCCAGCCUCCGCAACAUGGUGCAGGCGGAGCAGGACCAGGACACGUCUGGUUGGUUCGACGUGAUGCAGAAAGCUUCGACUCAGCUGAGGUCCAACAUCGCCAAUGCCACGCGUCACAGAGGAGACAAGAAUGCCAUUCACAACCACAUCCGGCUGUUUGAGCCUCUGGUGAUCAAAGCUUUGAAGCAGUACACCACCAGCACCUCUGUGGCCCUGCAGCGCCAGGUGCUGGACCUGCUGGCACAGCUGGUGCAGCUCCGAGUCAACUACUGCCUGCUCGACUCGGAUCAGGUGUUCAUAGGCUUUGUCCUGAAGCAGUUUGAGUACAUUGAAGUGGGGCAAUUCAGAGACUCCGAGGCGAUCAUUCCCAACAUCUUUUUCUUCCUGGUCCUGUUGUCGUACGAGCGAUACCACUCCAAGCAGAUCAUCAGCAUCCCAAAGAUCAUCCAGCUCUGUGACGGCAUCAUGGCCAGCGGCAGGAAAGCUGUCACACACGCCAUCCCUGCCUUGCAGCCAAUAGUUCACGACCUGUUCGUGUUGAGAGGCUCCAACAAAGCCGACGCAGGCAAAGAGCUGGACACGCAGAAGGAGGUGGUGGUCUCCAUGCUCCUCAGACUGGUCCAGCACCACCAGGUGCUGGAGAUGUUCAUCCUCGUUCUGCAGCAGUGUCACAAAGAAAACGAAGACAAGUGGAAGAGGCUGUCCAGGCAGAUCGCAGACGUCAUACUCCCUAUGAUCGCUAAGCAGCAGAUGCAUCUGGACUCUCCGGAGGCGUUAGGAGUGUUGAACACACUGUUCGAGUCUGUGGCUCCUUCCUCUCUCCGACCUGUUGACAUGCUGCUCAAGAGUAUCACCAUCCCCGCCACAAUGGCGUCUGUGGCGACCGUCCAGCUGUGGGUGUCGGGAAUCCUGGCCGUACUCCGGGUGCUCGUCUCCCAGUCCACCGAGGACAUCGUCCUGUCUCGGAUCCACGAGCUGUCUCUGUCCCCUCACCUCCUCUCCUGCCACACCAUCCGCCACCUGCACCAGCAGAGCCCGUCCUCCAGCGGCCUUCCCCCUGCGGACACGCUGGGAAACCAGGAAUCCAACGGAGAAGCACAGAAGGCUCCGCCUGAGGAAACCUUCGCCCGGUUCCUGCUGCAGCUGGUCGGGGUGUUGCUGGACGACAUUUCCACCCGGCAGGUGAAAGUGGACAUCACUGAGCAGCAGCACACCUUCUACUGCCAGCAGCUGGGCACGCUGCUCAUGUGUCUGAUACACGUCUUCAAAAGUGGAAUGUUCCGCAGGAUCACGGCUGCAGCCAGCCGGGUCCUGAAGGGCGAAGGUGGACAGACCGGUGCCGAGGCCAGCCUCUUCUACCCGUUAGAAGGCCUGAACAGCAUGGUGCAGAGCCUCAUCACCACCCACCCCUCCCUGGUGCUGCUGUGGUGUCAGGUCCUCCUCAUCAUCAACUACACCAACUACUCCUGGUGGACGGAGGUUCACCAGACGCCCCGAAGACACAGCCUCUCAUGUACGAAGUUGCUGAGCCCUCAUUCGUCGGGAGAAGGAGAAGAGGACAAGCCCGAGUCGCGCUUGGCGAUGGUCAACAGAGAGAUCGUACGCCGGGGGGCUCUGAUCCUCUUCUGCGACUAUGUGUGUCAGAACCUCCACGACUCCGAGCAUCUCACCUGGCUGAUCGUCAACCACGUGCGCGACCUGAUCAGCCUUUCCCAUGAGCCUCCGGUGCAGGACUUCAUCAGCGCCGUCCACCGCAACUCGGCCGCCAGCGGCCUCUUCAUCCAGGCCAUCCAGUCCCGCUGCGACAACCUGACCACCCCCACCAUGCUGAAGAAGACUCUGCAGUGCUUGGAAGGGAUUCACCUCAGCCAGUCUGGCUCGCUGCUCAUGCUUUAUGUGGACAAACUGCUCAAUACUCCCUUCAGAGUUUUGGCCCGCAUGGUGGACACGCUGGCAUGUCGCAGGGUGGAGAUGCUGCUCGCCGAGACGCUGCAGAACAGCAUAGCUCAGCUGCCAGUGGAGGAACUGGACCGGAUCCAAGAAUACCUCCAGACCAGUGGCUUGGCUCAGAGACAUCAGAGGUUUUACUCCCUGCUGGACAGGUUCAGAGCCACGGUCGCCGACACUAACAGCCCCUCCCCUCCCGUGACCUCUCACCCCCUGGACGAGCCGCCCCCUGCCCCCGAACUGGUCAUUGCAGACAAGGAGUGGUACGUUGCUCUGGUGAAGUCUCAGUGUUGUCUCCGUGGAGAUGUUUCCUUGUUGGAGACAACGGAGCUUCUUACCAAACUGCCUCCUGCAGAUCUCCUCAGCAUCAUGAGCUGCAAGGAUUUCAAUCUCAGCCUGUUGUGUCCGUGCCUGAGUAUGGGAGUGCAGCGGUUAGCACGGGGUCAAGGGUCACUUUUGUUAGAGACAGCCUUGCAGGUGACCCUGGAGCAACUGGAGGGGGUCACCGGGUCUCUUCCCGCCCCUCACCAGUCCUUCCUGCCUCCGGCCCAGACAGAGCCGUACUGGGACAAACUGGGAGACGUCUACGACGAGCCGGGGUUCUACCCCAGGGUCCUGUCGCUCUGCAGAGCGCUCUCCCAGUAUCUGCUGAGUGUGAGCCAGCUGCCGUCUUCGCUGCGUAUCCCCGCUGACAAGGAACACCUCAUCACCUCGUUCACCUGCACCGCCACCGAGGUGGUGGUGUGGCGUCUGCUCCAGGACCGCCUGCCCCUCAGCGUGGACCUGCAGUGGGCCCUGUCCUGUCUGUGUCUGGCUCUGCAGCAGCCGUGCGUCUGGAACAAGCUCUCCACCCCGGAGUACAGCACACACACCUGCUCGCUCGUCUACUGCCUCAGUCUCAUUAUUGCUGCAGUGGCUGUGAGUCCCGGCGACCAGCUGCUGUAUCCAGAGAAGAAGAAGACUAAAGGAGACCCCGAAGAAGACCAGGUGGACUCGGCUCGUGCCGAUCACAUGUGUGAGUGGCAGGCGUGUGAGAUCAUGGCGGAGCUGGUGGAAGGCCUGCAGAGCGUCCUCUCCCUGGGUCAUCAUAGAAACACAGAAUUUCCCGCUUUCCUCACACCGAUGUUGCGGAACAUCGUUAUAAGUCUGUCCCGCCUGCCUUUGGUCAACAGCUACACCCGAGUCCCUCCACUGGUUUGGAAACUGGGCUGGUCCCCUCAGCCAGGAGGAGAGUUCGGUACAACGUUGCCAGAGAUCCCUGUGGACUUCUUGCAGGAAAAGGACGUCUUCAGAGAGUUUCUCUAUCGCAUCAACACACUAGGUUGGAGCAGCAGGACUCAGUUUGAGGAGACGUGGGCCACCCUGCUGGGGGUGCUGGUCACCCAACCCAUCACGAUGGACCAGGAGGAGGAGACGCAGCAGGAGGAGGACCUGGAGCGGACCCAGCUGAAUGUGCUGGCCGUGCAGGCCAUCACCAGCCUGGUGUUGAGUGCCAUGACCCUUCCCACCGCCGGGAACCCUGCAGUUAGCUGUCUGGAACAGCAGCCCCGCAACAAGAGCCUUAAAGCCCUGGAGACGCGGUUUGGGAGGAAGCUUGCUGUGAUAAGGGGAGAGGUGGAGAGGGAGAUCCAGGCUCUCGUGUCGAAGAGAGAUAAUGUCCACACGCAUCACCCGUACCACGCCUGGGACCCCGUUCCUUCUCUGUCGGCCGCCUCUGCAGCCGGUACGCUGAUCAGUCACGAAAAGCUGCUGCUUCAGAUCAACACAGAGAGGGAGAUGGGAAACAUGGAUUACAAGCUGGGGCAGGUCUCCAUCCAUUCAGUGUGGCUUGGUAACAACAUCACUCCUCUGAGGGAGGAAGAGUGGGGCGAGGAUGAGGAGGAUGAGGCGGACACCCCAGCGCCCACCUCUCCCCCAGUCUCCCCCAUUAACUCGAGGAAGCACCGUGCAGGAGUGGACAUUCACUCGUGUUCCCAGUUCCUGCUGGAGCUCUACAGCCAGUGGCUGAUUCCCGGCUCCCCGAGUCACAGGCGAACCCCGACCAUCCUCAUCAGUGAAGUCGUCCGAUCGCUGCUGGCGGUGUCGGACCUGUUCACCGAGCGGAACCAGUUCGACAUGAUGUUCUCCACCCUGAUGGAGCUGCAGAAACUCCACCCUCCCGAAGACGAGAUCCUCAAUCAGUACCUGGUGCCGGCCAUCUGCAAGGCCGCCGCCGUGCUGGGGAUGGACAAAGCGAUCGCCGAGCCGGUGUGCCGCCUGCUGGAGACCACGCUGCGCAGCACCCACCUCCCCAGCCGCAUGGGGGCGCUGCACGGCGUGCUGUACGUGCUGGAGUGCGACCUGCUGGACGACACGGCCAAGCAGCUGAUCCCCACCGUGUCCGAGUACCUCCUGUCCAACCUGAGAGCGAUCGCUCACUGUGUGAACCUGCAUAACCAGCAGCAUGUGUUGGUGAUGUGUGCUGUGGCGUUCUACAUGAUGGAGAACUACCCUCUGGACGUGGGAGCUGAGUUUAUGGCCGGGAUCAUUCAGUUGUGUGGGGUGAUGGUGUCGGCCAGCGAGGACUGCACCCCGUCGGUCAUCUACCACUGCGUGCUCCGCGGCCUGGAGCGCCUCCUGCUGUCGGAGCAGCUGUCCCGCGUGGACGGCGAGGCGCUGGUCAAGCUCAGCGUGGACCGAGUCAACAUGCCGUCGCCGCACAGAGCCAUGGCCGCCCUCGGCCUCAUGCUCACCUGCAUGUACACCGCGGUGCUGGCGUCGGGUUCAGACGUUACAGGGGUUAGAGGUCAGGUUGACUCUGGCGCUGCGGUAGCGGAGGCGGUGGGCGUGACGGCCGGUCAUGUUGGUUUCUCCUCAGGCAAGGAGAAAGCCAGCCCCGCCGGCCGCCCUGCCCACCCCGACCCUCAGGCCCCCGACAGCGAGUCCAUCAUCGUGGCCAUGGAGAGGGUCUCGGUGCUCUUCGACAGGAUCAGGAAGGGUUUACCCAGCGAGGCGAGAGUCGUCUCCAGGAUCCUGCCCCAGUUUCUGGACGACUUCUUCCCACCACAGGAUGUCAUGAACAAGGUUAUCGGAGAGUUCCUGUCCAAUCAGCAGCCGUACCCUCAGUUCAUGGCCACGGUGGUCUACAAGGUCUUCCAGACUCUUCACGCCACCGGCCAGUCUUCGAUGGUGCGAGACUGGGUGUUGCUGUCUUUGUCCAACUUCACCCAGAGGACUCCGGUGGCCAUGGCCAUGUGGAGCCUGUCCUGCUUCUUCGUCUCUGCCUCCACGUCCCAGUGGAUCUCGGCCCUCCUGCCGCACGUCAUCAGCCGGAUGGGCUCCAGCGAGGUGGUGGACGUCAACCUCUUCUGCCUGGUGGCCAUGGAUUUCUACCGGCACCAGAUCGACGAGGAGCUGGACCGCCGGGCCUUCCAGUCCGUCUUCGAGACGGUGGCGUCGCCGGGCAGCCCGUACCACCAGCUGCUGGGCUGCCUGCAGUCCAUCCACCAGGACACGUCGCUCUGAGGCCACGUCUCCACCCUCACCUCCCCGACCGGAAAAUAAAAAGAAACCCGAGUGUAGCCUCUUCCCCUCCCCCCCUCCUCAGCGAGUCGAGCUGCUGAACCGGUCACGGUGUCGCGCGAGCAGAAGAUGAAGAAGCUUCAGACCUCCACCUCCUCCCCACCCAGCACCUUUUUAUCAGAACUCAAGAAGAAAAAAAACCGUCAACGGAAACACAAAAUUGGAUUUAUUUUCCUGUGAGGACUUGCUUGAGUAUCGUGACGUCGGUAAAGUGAAAAUAGAAAAAAAAAAAAAAGCAAAGUAUUUACUAUAUUUAAAAGUUUCAAGUCAUCUAUUUUUCAGUGAGUUUUGUUGGAGCGCGUAAGCUCCGCUUAGGAAGCCGACAAUGGGCCGACACACGCCUGCUAAAUGUUGUCCAUAGUAUAUUUCAAGAAGUUUUUAUAUUUAAGUUACUCGUGCUCAUUCUGAUACACAACAGUGCGAAAAAUGAAUAAUUUAUGUGUAAGAAUGAUCGCUCAUAGUGAGGUUUCUUUCCCUUUUUUUUGUUUUUUUUUGAUGAGAAGCAGGGGAUCGGUGUUGCACUUGUUAGUUUGCUGAAAUUAUUAUAGAUGUUAUAUUGAUAAGACAAAGAACUUAACCCAUGCUGGUCAGUAUUAUAAAAAAAAAAAAAAAAAAAAUCUCACUUUUCCAAAAUCACACACAGUUUUAACCCUUGGAGAGCCCAUUCAUCUCCACAUUAAUAACACUGUCAAACAGGAAAGAUACCAAAAUUGCUGCAAUGUUUAUUUUUUUUCUUUCAGCGGUAGCCUAAGGGGACGAGCGUCCCUCGUUUGAUUUUAUAUUACUUCCAUCAGUCUCGCUUUCUUUCUUUUUUAAGUUGCAGUCUCGUCUGGUCCAGAGCGCACCUGGACGAUUCCACCUGUAUGUUUCUUGUACUUUUUUUUUUUUUUUUUUCUUUGUAAUUCUCAGGAUGUAAGAUGUGACCAUGAUAUCGUAGUUGUAAUUUACAGUCCUUGGUACCUUGUAAAAAAAACAGUCAUUGUAUAGCAACAUGAAAGCCAUGGUGCAUGAAUUAUAUAAAGGCGAGAGGGCUCAGAGAGAAAGCGACACAUCAGAGACUCGGCAGGCGGCAGAAUGCAGAAAGCUCCAAGCUUCCAGAGUUUUACUAAAGACUGCGCGUCCCGGCGGGGCGCCGGGGUUCGUUACUCUGUACAUACACUUGCCUUAGAGAAAAGACUGAACACGUAUGUCCUGUACACUGAACGCUUGAAAGCAUGUUUAACAUUACCGCUUCUUUUUUUCCCUUUUCUUUUUCUUGCGUCGUCUUUAACGCUGUUUCCAUGGAUACGUUUGCCAUGACUGUUGUGUGAGAGAGAUGCAACACAAUCCAAAGGGAGCCUUUGUAACCUUAGCGACCAACAGCCAGCAUUGACAAAUCAACAGACGGGGACGUGCAGCGUGGCGGGGCCGCGGCGCAGCGGCCGGUUUUAUCUGUGUUUGUUGAGCUUUAAUUAGUUUCAGUGGAGAAACGGUCAAUAUUUCAUCCUCUCUGUGCAGAAUACUGAACACAUGCAGCACUUAAAAACUUGAAGUUCUUGAUGUCGACGUUAGGCGCUUUCUUGAUAUGCAACGAGUCCUGCGGAAAUGAACACCACGGCAGGUUGUAUGCUAACUAUGUUACCACUUUCCAACCUUGGAGGCAAACGACUGGUUUCCUUUCAUGUUGAAAUAAUGUGUCCACCCAACAGAAACCGCUGGAGUCCCCACCGGAGCAGAUUAAAGAAGCCCGAGCGAGGCUCGUUUUCAGACUCAUUUUUAAUUUGUGGGGAAGUGAAGUGACGGAAAGCCUCCCUCCUCCAUGCACUACUUAAGAAUGAAAUAUUUCUUAAAGAGUAGAGAAAUGUCUUUCCAGCUUGGUGUCUUCUCCUGGUGGAAGAGGAGCAGGGAACCCCCUGCAGGGGGGGGUAAUACGAUUAGCCAGAAAUCUUUUGUGGUUUUGGGAGAAGGGCGUGUGUGCAAAGGUCAUGCUCAAUCGAUUUAACACGCUCGCUUCGGGAAGAAUGAACUCCGAGGAGUAACUUUAGGGCCACGUUUUGUCUGCGGAGUACAUUACACGGCUCCUGAUGUCUACUUUGUGCUGAGCAUGAUUGAGCUUUACUUUAAAAGUCGUCCUUUCU